GCACGAGAAAGCGUUAACAAGUAUCGGCUCGGAUUAAACAAAGCGGUUGCGAAGUACUGAACAAUCGGAAAGUGUAAAGAGGGUGUGAAGCCUCCUUUAUUGUCAAGUGUUGCGAAGCUUAGAAGAAAGGACAUACAGUUUUUCAUAGGACUAAGAACAAGAAGGAUUUCUAAAUAUUUAAGUAUAAAGAGCUCCUUAACUGUAUGACGAAACAUUCAACCAUAGAACCCCAUAGAACAUGUCAAAGCAACGACGCAUAUCACCAACUUGGUUGACAUUGCUUAUACUCUGUCUACUUCCCUUGCAAACAACAACGCAAGAUGGUUGGAAUAAAUUUUGGGCACAAAUAAUUGGACAGCAAACUGUAGCUGAGGUGCUUGAAGCGUUUAAAGGUGAGAGGCUCACCACCGAUUUGGAUAGUAAUCUGCGUGAUGUUUUCGUCAACGAGCGACGUGUUUCCAUGCAACGCGCCGCUAGGGCUCAAGUAUUCAAACAGAAUCGUGCUAAGGGUAAAACGCAGCCGCUCAUACCGCCAACGGAACCCUUCCCAUGUGAUCUCAGCCAUGCUCGUUCUGCAUCUCCACCCACGUCGGUGCAUGAAUUGCGACCGGGCGAUAUCGAUGUGAUUGCCUGCAUGGGCGACUCGCUGUCCGCUGGCAAUGGCCUUAUGUCCGGUCGGGUGCAGCAUAGUUUUAAUGAAUUUCGCGCAUUAUCCUUUUGUGGCGGUGGUUAUGGCGAUUGGCGUUCAUAUCUGACGUUACCCAACAUUUUGCGUGUCUUCAAUCCGAAUAUCACCGGCUACUCAACCAAAAAUGAGCUGGUGGUGGACAAAUCGUCACGUCUAAAUAUCGCCGAACCGCUGAUCAUGUCAAUCGAUAUGCCAUAUCAAGCGCGCGUAAUCAUCGAUCGUAUGCGUCAAGAUCCCAAUAUUGAUAUGGAGAAUCAUUGGAAAUUACUCACUAUCUUUGUGGGCAACAAUGACGUAUGCAUAGAGAUGUGUCAUUAUGAUAAUGCGACAGAGUUUGUACUACGUCAUGAACGAGAUUUGCGUCACACGCUCACUGUGCUGCGUGACAAUGUGCCACGCCUUAUGGUAAAUGUUUUGCCGAUGCCGAAUAUGGUUGUCACGCUCUAUCCAAUGAAAAAUGUACCCUUUGGCUGUUUUGCUGUACAUUCUUUCGGCUGCCAUUGCAUAUUUAGUCAUGCCGUUGGCGAAAAGGAACUAAAAGAAGCUUCGGAUCGCAUCACAAAGUGGCAUGAAGUUGAUCAGUAUGUUAUUAAAUUGCCAGAAUUCCAAACGAAUGACUUCGCCGUCGUCUAUCAUCCAUUUACGGCAGAUAUGGUUACGCCAAGACUUGACAAUGGUGAAACAGAUUACCGUUUCUUCGCACAUGAUUGCUUUCACUUCAGUCAGUUGGGACAUGCCGGCAUGGCGAAUUCUCUUUGGAAUAGCUUGUUGCAACCGGAGGGUAAAAAGAUACUGAACAUGGUGAAGCCAUUCCGCCAUUUUGAGUGUCCCACCGAGGAGCGGCCCUACUUUGCAACCUUGUAUAAUAGUUAUAAGAAGGAGUGAUGCUAUUUUAUAUGAGAAAUUCUCUUGAAGUUUCUUGUUGAAUUUUUAUUUUAUUUUUAGUUUUUUUUGUGUGAACAAAAUUAUAAUAAAUAUUUGAAAAAUGUGAUAGUGUAGUAAAUAUAAAUAAUGGUUUAAUUUAAGUAGUGAUAUAAAUAAAGAAAAUAUACAACUUUCA